AUUAAUUUUAGUUUGUAUUACCAUUGACCAGAAUAGCAAAUGAAUACUGAGGGAUUUUGUCUAUUUUCCAUGGGGGGACAUUCGUGGUUUAUGACGUUAUGAUUAAAAAUGUUUACUACAAAAGAAUGUUAGCAAGCAUGCGUAGGUAUUUAAAGUCUUUGGCAGGUGAUGCUAAUAUUAGGAAUAUUAUGAGGAUUGUCAAAGAAGAGGUGAUAUGUGAGUUUUAUGUGGACCAUGAGGUUAAUUUUGUUUAAAUUACUCCUCUAGCAAUAGGUUGGAUUGAUAAUAAUAUAGUUUAGGAGGAUUGGGGACCACAAGAUAGGGUAGACCCAAAUGGUAAUAAUGAAGUUAAUGAGGAAGAAGAGGAAGGUGACAUAGGGAACAUAACCCAAGACAGGGCCAUUGGUGGUAAUAAGGGUAAAUUUGAAAAUUCAUAUGAAAGAAGUGAAUGCAGUAAUAGAGGUGGUUAUGAAGAAGAGUGUUUUGUUGAUAAUUGGAAAUCAACAGAUGAAGUAGAUCCUGUUGAUGGUAGUGACAGAGAUGAUAAUGAAGCCAUUGCUAUAAAAGUUACUGCAAGGUCUCUAAGAAGAUCAACAGAAGGAUUAGAAGUUCCUCCAGGUUUUCCAACACCAAGAACAGAGUCAUGUACAAAACUGUUGCAAAGAAACUUAUUCUUAGAUCUAUUCCUAUGUCUACUCCCACAAAGAAAGCAACAGAUCCAACUACAACAUCCACAAGCAAAGGGGUUCCAAUAGAUUCUAUUGAGAAGGCCAGAAGGAGAAAGGGAAAGGGCAAGCUUACAGAGAAGAGAUAUAAAGCAUUGCUACAAAGUAGGAAGUCAUACAAGGGGAAGGACUUGACCCUUAAAAAAAGGAAGAAGGGAGGUCUAGUACAUCCAUCCCAAUCAGUUCCAGUUCAUAAUGAUGAUGAGGACAUAUACAGUGAUAAUGAUGGGAGAGAUAGUGAAUAUGCUCCAAGUGAUGAUGCUGGCAAGUUGAGGGACUUAUCAAUAGAUUUUGAAGAUGUCAUUUUUCUGCUCCUGGGGUAGCAGAUAGAUCAACAAGAGUUAUAAAUGUCUACUUUAAUCCUACUUAGGAGGUCCCUAUUUUUUAAGUUGGAAUGAGGUUUCAAAGUUUCAAACAAUUUUAGGAAGUAGUCAAACAUUAUUCUGAGGAAAGGAUGUUCUCUUAUACACAUCAGGGAUGAACCUAAAAGGCAGAGGUUUGUUUGCAAGGCUGGUUUGUGCAGUUGGGAGAUUUAUACUUCAUUUGAGAAUAGGGACAACAAUUUCAAGGGCAUUAUUAAUGCAAAAGUAAAGGUAUUACCAUUGAUAGUGCAUAGAUAUUGUGCAAGGCAUCUCUACCGCAAUCUUGCAAGGCGAAAUAGAGAUGAUAACAUUAAGCUUUGCAUUUUGGUUGGCAUGUAGGGCAACCAAUGAGUUCGACUAUCUGGACAAAAUGGAUGCUUUGAAGGCAUUGUCUGAGGAAGCUUAUGCUGAACUGAAUGAACUGCUUGGUAAUUUAUGGUGCAAAGCUUUUUUUGAUGAGUAUUGUAAGUUUGAUGUGGUUGAUAAUAAUAUAUGUGAGACUGUUAAUGCAUGGAUUUUGGGUGUAGGAUGUAAGCCUAUUAUUUCAAUGUUUAUGACUUUAAUUAACUAGCUCAUGAAGAGAUCUAAAGAUAAAAAAUUGUUUG